AUGCCAUCCACACCAGCAAACAAGCGCGUUAGAGGAGUCUCAGUAUUCCGCCCAUUCAUUUUUGGCAGUGAAGCACAACUAUUUGACCCCGAGAAGAAGCCAGCAAACGCACCUGUCGACCACACUCAUCAAUGGCGCAUCUUCGUUAAAGGCAUCAACGAUGAGGAUAUCUCCUACUGGCUGAAGAAAGUCCAAUUCAAACUCCACGAGACAUACGCACAAAGUGUUCGCACAAUCGAGGCGCCUCCCUUCGAAGUUGUCGAGACUGGCUGGGGUGAAUUCGAGAUCCAGAUCAAAUUGUACUUCGUCCCCGAGUCAAACGAGAAGCCACAGACACUCUGGCACAGCUUGAAGCUGCAUCCCUAUGGCCCGGAUGCGGAGGGUAUGAAGGAGCGCCGGGAAGUGGUUAUUAGUCAGAAUUACGAGGAAGUCAUCUUCAAUGAGCCCGUGGAGCCCUUCUAUGAGGUUCUUACCGGAGGCCCUGCCGGUACUGCUCCGCCUCGGGCUAAGGGAAAGAACUCAAAGCAGGGCGCUGGGCGGACUGCGGAAAUCCCCAUCAACGAUGCGCCGAAGAAUCCAUACAGUCGGACGACGGAGAAUAAGGAACUUGAUCGGAUGUCGGAGGCUAUGAAGACAGUGGAGGCGAUGAUCAAAGAGGAGAAAGAUCGCUUGGUUGAGCGGGAGAAAACACUUGCUGAAUUACGGGAGAGUGAAGGUGUUUCCGCUAAUACGAAGAAGAGAUGA